CCGGGCAACCACCGAACCUCCAGAACGAGCCGUGUUCCACACAGAGGUGUGACCCGAACUCCAGAACAGCAGCAAAAUGUCCUUUAAAGGCUUUGUGAGCUGCAACAGCAGAAUCUCCAGAGAGGAUAAAGAGUUUUAUGAUUUAAAGAGCAGAGCCGCGGAGUUUUACAGAGUAAACGGCGUCCCGCAGAAACUCGAGUCGGUUCUCAGUGCGCUGUUUUUUGAGAAGCCCAGAGAUGUUUAUGGAUAUCUGGCAAACUACUUCUCCAGGUUCUCACACACACCUGUGAUUAGUGCAGUAGUGGGCAGAGAGGUGUAUGAUGGCAGGGGGGAAGCGGCAUUGCAGGUGGAUGUUUACUGCAUCAUCAAGAAUGAAGAGAAGUUAGUUAGUAAUGCAGUGGUUACUGGUACGGAUGGUGAUAUUCUGGAAACAUGGAAUUCGGUUGCCAAUGGUAACAGUAGUCAAGCGUCUGUAAGGGUGGCGCUGGAGUGGAUCAGAGAUCAGCUGAGCUCCAUGUUGUAUGGGUUUAACCCCACCCACCACACAGACCUGGACAAAUUGCUCAGUGAUUUCUACAUGACCCGUUACCUUGAGGACCAAAAUGGCCAAAACAGAGAAAAGAAUGAGGAAGAGGAGAAGACUGAAACAUCUGACACCACAAACCCUCCGCCGGAUUCAAGUAAAGGCAAGAAGGGAGCAGAGAAAGGUAAGAAAGGAGAGAAGCCAUUGCCUCCUCCUGAGAAACCGGAGCCCAUGUUGCCAGGGGCGAUGGUAGUAGGUGCUCUGUCUAUGGCAGCAGCGAAAUCUGCAGCGAGCCUCACAGCCAUACCCCUCUACAAACAUAUCCUUACUCUCAGAGACCCACAGGAUGGGAGAGUGUUCAUGCCCAUGCCACUGGUGUCAGUGUUCAGCUGUGGAAAAGAAUCAGCUGGAAAGCUCAACCUGUUAGAGGAGGUCAUCCUGCUGCCCACUGUACCACACAGAACCAGAGAGAUCAUCGAGAUGUGCCGUGAUGUUCAGGGAGAGAUAAAGAGAAUCGCUGCUACUACAGCAGGGAAGUCAGGGCCUGUGAUAGUGGGAGUUUCAGAAGGUGGCGCUCUUCAGCUCAGGCUCGACCGCGCCGAACAAGCUCUCGAUCUGUUGAUGGAGGCAUGCUCAAACCUGGGCCUGCCCAUUGGCACAGAGCUCCGGCUGGUGAUAAACUGCGCUGCUCACACAUUCAUCGACUAUUCCAAAGGAAAGUAUGAGGUGAUGGCAGGGACUCUGAAAUCUCCAGAUGAGCUGGUGGACAUGUUUUUGGGUUUGAUCAGUAAAUAUCCAGCUAUUGCGGCCCUCAUCGACCCCUUCAGGAAAGAGGAUGUGGAACAGUGGCAGAAGCUGAGCUCUGUUAUUGGUCAGUCUUGUUGCCUGAUUGCAGACGCAGCGUACUGGCCCUACCCUCGCUGGAAAGAGGCCAAGCCCCUCCCCCCAGGGGUCACAUGGAUCACUCUUAGGCACAGAAGUGAGAUGACCCUCACUGACCUCCUUCAUGCUGUCACAGAGCACACAGAAGGAGAGACCAUUCUCGCAGUGAGCAGUGAGGAGAUUGGUGAUGACUCCAUGAUGGAUGUGGCUGUAGGCCUGGGUGUAUCAUUCAUUAAGCUGGGUGGGCUGACUGGAGGGGGAAGGAUGAACAAGUACAACCGUUUGCACAGGAUUGAGCAGGAGCUGGAAGAACAGGGCAUUCUGGCAGGGAUGCGGGAGGUGAACCUGCCGUGUGAAAGCAAUCCUGAGGAGGAGAUAAUAGAGAUGGAACAGGCAACCUCAUGACACACACUGGAACAUGAAAGUUUCCUGCAUUGUUUUGUUCUGCAUUGGAUGUAUGUAACCCUGUUAAAAUCCCCACACGUUAAAAUAGAAAGCAUAUUUGUAAAUGUUACUUUCUUUCUUUGGUUAACACUGUUAUAAAAUGGUUUAAAAGUGUAUUUCACAAAGGUUAAAAUAUUGUGAUAAAAGGAAUAAAAGUGUAAUAAAUAAGUUAAAAAGGUUUAAAUGAUACAGAUGUGCAUUGCUAAAUAUUUCCUUUUAUUUUGAAAAGUUCAUGGUGAAAGGAGGACGUACUGAUUGAGAAUAAGGAUAAUCCUGGACAUUCACUGGUUGAAGGUGUGUGAGUUAAGGUCCAGACAGGAAGAGAGAGUGAGUGUGUGUUGAUUUUGGGAAACGAUGAGUCACAGCCAGUAGCAUUAGCUGAGUUAGCUACACAGCGGCUAAGAGUCCAUUCGCUUUUACGAACGAAUGCUAGUAACACACUCUGAACUAGCUUACAAGCUGUGUUUUCUAUUUUAACAUCUAUUUAUUUUCAUGUGUGGGGAUUUUAACAGGGUUACAUAUAUAAUUUGAAAUAAAGAUGUUAGUAUUAAAAUACAUUGUAAUUUCAUUGUAAAAAACAACUCAAAACUUUAUUCGCUAAUUCUGUAAUUUCAGCAGCACAUGCUUGACAUUCAGGGUACUUCCACUUAACAUCUAUGGUAUUUAGUGUAAUAUUCUCAGCUAUACACUGACCCCACUGUAUCCAUGAUGCAUUUUUAAACUUAUUUUGUAAUCUCAGACAUUUAGUUGUGUGUGUGU